AUGACUGCAACACUCAGGAGCAACUAUCUUCAUUCUGAGAUUACCGUGUUAAGGAGCCGGACUUUGGGCUGCGAAAAGAUUACUUUAGAAGAAAAAGAUUCGUUUUUACUGUUUGCGGAUGGAGACUUAAUCAUGCUCACAAAAUCAGAUUACUGCCUUUCUCCUGAGCAGUCCUUUUCCAAUUUUCCAAUGUCUCUACAGAUUGUCACCAAUGAAUGCAUAGUGGAAGAUAAUCCAGCGAUCACCAAUAAUGCCGCAGUGGAAGAUAUACCAAAGGUUUUUCUUGCAAACUUCAGGAUGAUAUCUAUGGUAUUCCUUGUCCUUACAUUGACAGUGUUUCUUACCCUUAAGAAACUUCGAAAUUUUAUCGGCAAGUGCCUCAUCUGCAGCCUGUUCUGCCUUUCGAUUGUGACCCUUAUCCGCAUUCUGGAAGAUUAUAAGCUGUUGGGCAGCCUUUCCUCUCCAGCAGCUUACACUUUAUUCUUUUUUACGAUGACUUAUAGUCUGUGGGACUCUGUCAUAAGCUUUUGUUUGUGGAAGGAUUUCAGGUCGCCCAUAUCCGAGGAAUCUCGAUACGGCUUUAAAUUCUACACCGCCUUUGUUUGGAGUACAGUAGCCAUCCUGACUGCGGCCAUUUUUUUGAUAGAGGAAGUUAGCGCUUGGAAUUGGUCGCUCUUGACUGGCUUUCUUGAAUGUUCUGUAACAAUUUCGAAAUCCUGUUUAUUCUAUCAAGUACCGAUACUGAUCCUAAGCACCUUUAACGUGAUCAUGUUCAUCCUGACUGCCAUUUUCAUCUGGAAAGUGAAGAGCCAAGAGAAGAAGGUAGUGGAAGAAGAGGGAAGAUUGACCCAUCCCAUUUUCGACAGUCAAAACUACAUGGAUUUUUCUCGCCUCUUUAUAAUGAUGUGCAUAUCCUGGAUUCUGAAGCUAUUUUUGGUUGGGCGGCAGAUUUCCGAACUUAUGCAAGACGUUUAUUUUGUUAUUGACUACUUUGAGUCCAUUCUUGGCCUAAUCAUAUUUGUGCUGCUUAUACUUAGGCGUAGCACUAUCAGCCACUUUUUAAAUAGAACUUUUCGCACUCCGACGGACGAUCAGCCGGCUGAUUUAUAAAGCCAAGAAAUAUUAAUUCAUUUUAA